AUGCCACAGCAGAACGGAGUGGUAGAACGUAAACACAGACAUCUACUCGAUACGGCUCUUGUUCUUCUCUUUCAUGCAGGGUUACCCUCGCGUUUUUGGGGAGAAUGUGUUCUGACGGCUGCUUACCUCAAAAAUCGGAUGCCUAUUGCAUCUGUUCUGAACAGGACGCCGUAUAAGCUCCUGCUCGGCAAUAAACCUACUUAUUCACACUUAAGAAGCCUCGACUAUUUGGUAUAUUCAAAGGACAACUGUCAAGGGUUACGCAAGUUCAGCGAAAGGGAGCGAGCUGGAGGGUUCGUUGGGUAUCCCGCUACUCAACAGGGGUAUCGUAUUUAUGAUCUCGCCGAUAAGGUCAUUUACACGUCGCGAGGCGUCACUUUCAUGGAGGGCAUAUUUCCGUUCCGAGCUCUGCCCUCCUUUAAGGGUCACAAUUCUCAGUCCACGUCACUAUUGCAUGGGAGUGCACGGAGACAACUUGAUGAUUGUCUUGAUUUUCACGUGCUUAACCAACUUCAUUAUGAGGAACCAGAUGAUAUAUCUCCUAAAAGUCAAGGAGCAAACCCUUCUACUCCAGUGGAAGUCUCGCAUGCUGAUACUCUUCUACCGUCACACUAG